GAAAUGGAAAAAAUAAACAAGUUUAUAGGAGUGUUACGGGGAGUCGCUGAACUUAGCAUUACCUUCUUAGGUAUUCAAUUUUAGAAGCAAGCUGUGAAGUCUAAGUACUCUUAAGUGUCUGAGUAGGCAGAGGAUAGGCUUUAGGCAGCACUUUUGAAAACAUGCUGAGAAUUGUUUUGUUUGCUCUGUGGGCUCUAAAUGUUGUUCAUGCUCAGCCCAAGCUAGAAUGGCUGCCUGAGGAGCUCUAUAAUCCUCAGGUAGAACCACAGAAAUGUGGACUCAAGUAUAAUGAACCCGGUUUUGUUUGUGACCCUAAUCGAAUUCUAGGAGAAGACAUCCACAGCAUUAACUGGCACUUAAAAGAUGCAGCUUAUAAUGGCACUAAGUGUCCCUGCAGUAACUUCUAUUGUGAGCGUGACCCCUACCCUGCUAAAGGAUACCACAUAGGUGUGGCCCUGGUCAAGAAAAUGGUGCUUCAGAAAAAUGGUGAUGGCAGUAAUAAUUCAGUCAAAGACCAAGCUCAGCUGUUUGCUUACAUAUUAGAAAAUGAAAAGUGGAAGAUGGGUAGAUGUGAAGAAGACAUCAUUAUAUUUUACUCAUUGGAUGACAAUGUGCUUUCUCUCUAUGGAGGAUCUACAGCUAUUGCAAAGCUAUCACCAUAUUAUCGUAAUCUUCUGAUCCAUAAAGUGGCAUCAAGAUUCAAUGAAGGUCGAAUAGUGGAAGCUCUUCAUAAUCUCAUUUACAAUAUGAAGAAAGUCUUGAAUUGUGACCCAUCCUUUGAAAAUAACUGUGAAUUACAUGACUUGGUUUCUGCUUCCAGCAUCAUGACCUUGAACUUGAUGAUUGCUGUAGGAUCUGUCCUGACAAUGUUAUUCAUGUUUUUUUAAUCAAUUAUUUCUUUUUAUUCUCAUUUGAGCAUGUCAUGGCAAAUUCAAUGUAAGGACUCGAUUUAUUUAUUUCUAAAUUGAUCAUCCCUUUUUUUUUUAAUAACUUCGUUUUCCAUCCAUAUCAAACAUAUAUACGUAUUCAACAUAAACCUUUGAGUUUUCAUUACAGUUAUUCUGUCAGGAUCUCAAUAAAUAAUUUAGGCUGAAAAAAAUGCAUACAUCUAUUAUUUCAACAAAUACUAUUGUCUUUAACAGAAAUAGAAGCUAAGAAAUGUUUAUCUCCUGAUAUAGUUGGGCAAUAGUAAAUAGAGUACUCUCAUUUGAUCUGCACUAUUAUUACAAGAUGUGUCCAAAAAAUUUUCUCCCAGGGGUGGGUUGGGUGUUAAUGUAAAAUAAGUAACAUUGAGAUUAUGGUUCCUAUCCAAAAAUUCUUAAGAUAUUGGUCAUUUUAUGACCUGAUAGAGGUCAGCAAAUCUUUGUCUCUGCUGGCUAUACCCCAGAUAAAAAAAAAAUGUCUGUUUGGGGUCAUUUGAUGAUGAGGCUAGUGCAUAUUGUAAUUUAAAAUAUAAUUCCAUAUUGUAACAUCAUAACCAUAAUAGAGCUUAGCUAUUUGUUUGUUUCAUUACUGUAUAUGUAGAGUUAGUUCCUUGGUCUAGUUAAAUCUUUUCCAUUGUAUGUAUUUAAAAUGUGCUUUACAUUAAUUCUUAGCAUUUCUGUUAUAAUUUUUUACUGCCACAUCAUUCAUAGAAACCACUAAAUUUCUUCUUUCGAAUGGUUGGGGAAUUUUAAUAUAUCUUUAUAUAUAUAUAUAUAUAUAUAUAUAUAUAUAUAUAUAUAUAUAUAUAUAUAUAUAUAUAUAUAAAAUUGAUUACAACUUUUCUACAAGGCUGUGAAGCAUUUCUUGUUCUCAACAUGGACUGUUAAUGCAUGUUGUUGGCAGCUUUGAUGGUGCUAUUUUAUAAAACUGUUUCAAUAUUCUUCUGUGUAACACAGAAAUUGUGCUAUACCUGUAUAUUAUUUUUUUUUAUACACUUUCAAUACUUGGUUUAAAUGUUUUACAUAUUUUAAUUUAUGAAUGUCAGUGGUAAUGGUUGAGUGUAAAAAAACAACAAAAAAAAAACAUUUGGGUGGUACUAGUUAUAGUCUUGUCAGUUUUCUUGUAGUCUAGAUGAAAUGUGAUACUUCAUUUUUUAUUUUGGUAUAUAAUCAUUUAUAUGUGUGUGUGUGUGUAUUGGCGCUUUUUUUUCUUGUAUUUGUAAUGAAAUAUUUAUUACACUAUCUAAAGCUUUGAUAUUAUCUAUACAUGUUUAAUUCAUUAAUAGAUCUGAAAUACACUUAAAAGAACUGCUUUUUAUUUUUUUUUUCUUUGUAGAAUUCAAAUAAGUAAGCAAUAAAAAGUACAUUUGUUCUCAAGUUAUAAAAAUACUAGAAUAUAUUUUUAGCGUUACUUUGAAAUAAAUUAACCACUGAAUCUCAAGUUUAUCAAUUUUCAACUUUAUAUUACUUUAUAUUUGUUUUGUGUUUUACAAUUUAGUAUAAUAAACGUUUACAUUAAAAAGCAAA